CACAAGCGAAAGUAUGGAAAGUGUAACACACUUAAGAAUUCAUAGCGGUCCGACGAUUUCUUCGCAACAACCAGAACUUCAGGAACUGUCUAUCUGAUUCAUCUUCUUCUUCUUCCUCUUCCCCCUUCAAACCCGGUCUGAAUCUUAACCACCUCAGACAUUUUCCAUUGUUAUUCUUUCAGUUCGAACUUAAAACUUCUGAUCAGCCUCUCCCCAUGGCUACCACAACACUAACUCGAUUGCAGAAACCGAACCCCACAAGCACCAUGAUGAUGAACAAGCCCCCCAAGUCCAAGCUAGCCUGCUUUUCUUUUGCUGCCUACGCCAAGAGCCUCAUGGAACACCUCAAGUCGUCUAACAUCCCCGUCUUUGAAGGUCUCUCUGACUCCGAGUUCACUUCUGUCGAGUCAAUCUUCGGUUUCUCCUUUCCCCCGGACCUCCGCUCCAUUCUCCAAGAAGGACUCCCCGUCGCCCCCGGCUUCCCAAACUGGCGUUCCUCCUCUCCCCAGCAGCUUCGUAUCCUCCUCGACCUCCCUUCAUUGGGAAUCCUUAAAAGAGUUUCUCAGAGAAGCUUCUGGUGCGAGUCUUGGGGGGUCGAUCGGCCUGACGACACUGACGAAGCCCUGGCUUUGGCCAAGGAGUUCUUGGACGAAGCUCCGGCUCUCGUUCCCAUAUACCGACAUUUCUAUCUUCCUUCGAAGCCCAACAUGGCCGGAAAUCCGGUGUUUUACGUUAAUGGUGGAGAUGUUCGUGUGUUUAGCUUCGAUAUUGCCCGGCUCUUCCAAGAAGCUGAAUUCUUGAACAUUUCGACGAGGUCAGGGAUCAAGGCUCCGGCGUGGGCUGCAAAUAAGGCGAGAAGAAUUGAGUUCUGGACGGACGUGGCGGCGAGUGGCGGCACGCGGUGGUGGAGGAGUGGGGAUUUGGGGGGGUGUUUGGAGGAGGUCUCAUGGAGGUUGAGGGAUGGAGGGUGGAAGGAAGACGAGGUUAGGGAGAUGAUGAUGAUGGACGGUGGUGAUGAUAGGAAGAGUGUGGGUAUGGUGAGGGGUAAAAUGGGUAUGGUGUCUCACAUGAGGAUGUUGUCUACGGUCUUACUAGAUGCGGGAUGGAGCAAGGAAGAUGUGGUGUACUCGCUUGGUCUACAAGAUGAUGAUCAUGAGAAGAAUGACCUUCUAGAGGGAAAAGCCCUUUGGGAAAUUCAAGCUCUUCAACAUCAAAACAGUUGUUCUAAGUUGGAAGAAGACCAUCAAAAUCAGAGUUUGUAGCAGCUAAUGCUGUUGCACUCUUUUAAGGUGUGAUUACCUUUUGGGCCCCCCUCCUUUUCCAGGUUGCCAAACAAUUCUUGGUUCUGUGAUUUCUGAGUCAUUGACACAAAAAAUUAUUUUUUGAUCCCCAAUAUUUAUCAUAUACAUACAUGUAUUGACAUUAAAUUUUUAUUGUAAAUACUUCUUUUUAAGCUGAAAUAAGACGGAUAUUAGUAUAUUUGUUUAUGCAA